UAAGCAUCGACAUCGACACUGAACCACGUUUUCACUCUUGUGCUCUCGAACCGAACGGACGUCGCUGUCGUCGUCGUCAAAGCAAGCGGUGUGUGGUAAAAGAAGUCAAACGUCUCAAGAACGGCGGAAAUCCAAGUGAGCCAAAAGUGAUCCAAGUGAACACAGCAAGGGGUCCGAAACCUACGAAGGGCCAGUGUAACAACAAAGGAUAAACCGUAGUGUGGUGCGGGUGUAGUAGUUCGUGCCAAACGGAUACUCGCACCCCCCGUUCGGAGCGGCAGACAACAAAGGAGCAGAGUGCACCACGUGCACAAAGUGUUGAAGAUUGGAAGUUUGGGAACUUCGAAUUCAUGUGACAAGAGUUUAAGUAAAGUGGUUGUGCAAGAGUGUUAAUCAAUUGAGUUAGUAAAAAUAAAGAGUAAUUCCAUAGUCUGCCAGACACUCUGCGAUACAUCGAGGUGAAAAGAACUCGUGAAACAGCGAAAAACAGUGAAAAUCAUGGAAAACACAGCAGCCGUACUACUGUCGCCACCAGCAACGCCUCCACUGCAGGACACCAGCCACCGGGCGGAAGAAGAGUUAAAGAUGAAUAGCGCGGUAAAGACGGCCUUGAAGCGGAAACUGGAAAGCACAGGGGGACCUGGUGCCAGCAGUGGUGAUGAGUGCGAGGCCAACCAAACAAGGCCAACACACUUUGUCACACCGAACCAGUCGGACGCGUCGGAGGAUGAGUCGGAUCUGCCACCGCGGAAACGCCAAUACGUCCGCAACCCGGACCAGCUGGAAACUCAUUCCGCUCAACAACGGCAGCUGCAACGCCACCAGCAACCCCAGCAACAGCAACAAGAGGAGCAACAGAUGCUCGUGUCCUCCUCAUGCGCCCCUACACCACCCCCGUCCGAGUGUUCCGGGUCCGAGGAUGAGAAUACCAAGUCCGGUUCGGAUGAGGAGCGAUCCUACUUCCAGCCAGGAACCGGUGGCCUCGUCGCCUCGUCGCCAGCAGCAGCACCACCAUCCCGUGCUAGCGUCAUCAUGCGCAUCAACAAGGAUGGUUCGUGCACGAAGGCAGCCGGUGCUGCCGGUGUUGAGUCAGCGGAAGAGUCAAGUGCUGCUGCUGCUGCCGCCGGCGCUGGCGCCACAAACAUUUUCCGAAGCUACAAGUACAAAAUGGGCCCCCGAAUGUCCCCUCCACCGGCUCCCAUUGCCAGCAUUUCACCAGCACCGUCAUCGUCGGAGGGCAAUGGCGCGUUGGAGCACGGCGACAAAGAAGCGGAGGCGGUCAUCAAGCAGGUGGCGGCGACGGCAGCUUCGGCAGCUGCCCCACAAGCCCCACCACGCUCAGUAUUCGGUGGCAAUGCGGUAGUGAGUAAGCGAAAGAAGAAGGAAAGCACGAUCUCGACGUCCUCGUCCGUGGCACCGAUCCUCCCGAAAACGGUCCCCACAAAUCCCACCCUUCCUGUGAUAGCACCGAAGAUUGCUCCAGCGUCCACUGCGCAGCUCAUAUUCGCCACCCAGAGUGGGUUUUUCCUGGUGCCACCGCAAAAUCUGCUCCUCGCUGCGGCUCCACAGACCCCCAAGGCCAUCAUCAGCUCGUCAAACGAGAUCCGCAGCAACAGCAGCACCAGCAGCAGUGCCAAGUCAUCCCGGAGCACAUCGUUCAGCGUUGCGCUGGCAGAACGUCAACAACAGCAACAACAGCAACAGAUAGUGAGCAGUGGAACGGCCACAGAGCAGCAGCAGCAGCAGCAGCAAUCCGGAGGUAAAGUGGAACGCCGUCGAAUCUACGAGUGCGAUCAUCCAAACUGUGGCAAAAACUACUUCAAAUCCAGUCACCUAAAGGCCCACCAGCGCAUCCACACCGGCGAGCGGCCAUUCAACUGCAAGUGGCCCGACUGUGGUCGCCGAUUUUCGCGUUCCGACGAGCUGUCCCGCCACAAGCGGACGCACACGGGCGAGAAGAAAUUCGUCUGUCACGUCUGCGAUCGCCGGUUCAUGCGCAGUGACCAUCUUUCGAAGCACGUCAAGCGCCACAACAAGGACGGUGGUAGUGGUAGCACCGCCAGCAGCAAAUCCCACUCGAAUGGGGGACGUCGGCGAACGGCCGCGACCCCAUCGGAGCAGACACCUUCCACGGUGACGAUCCUGCCGGCUGACUUCUCGAUGCGUGCUCUCUAUCAUCAGGCCAGUUCUUCACCGAUCCCUCCUCCGGCGGUGAUUGCGGCACCGGUCGUCUUCCGGCCGGCACCCUCUUCACCGCAGCAGCAACCACUUCCGCUCGUGUACCAGCGCCGCCAUGGGCGUCCUGCGGGGGAAGAGUCCGAGGAUGACAAUCAGUAAAUCCGUGGCGUGUUGGUGUAUUAACGCAUAUCGUCAUCAUUCGAGUGGGCAGAUGUGUGUGCUUGUGUGUGGAUGCGUUUGGAAAAACAACCAUUCCAGUGAAAAAUUAGUAGCCCCCCACCCUACGCUCCCACUCAGCUCAACCUCCCACGCUCUAGCGGAAGGACUACCAGAUAAACGCGCACGCGAAAUAGCUGUUUCACUUUUAUCUCUCUCUUCGUCUACGCGCGCGUGUCAUCCUCUUAUUACGAUUUGUUGUGUAGGGAUGAGGUGACAGCAGGAAAAGUGUGGAAAUUCUGAGUGAGAAAAUUGAUUAGAAAGAAGAGAAAGAGAGAGAGAGAGGCGCAGAGAUAAUAGAUAGACUCGAGAAAGGGGGGUGGAUUGUGGGUCCUGCUGUCCUUUUCCUUCUUCUUCUCCUCCUCCUCCUCCUCCUCCUUCGGGGUUAGGUUAUCGGGAGUCUGCUGGUGCGCCAUCAGCGCCACUCGCUCCGCACGCUAUCUGUGAUCGUUUUUCUCCUACGAAACGGAAAACUCUACAAAACAAAACACUAGCUAUUAGCAUUAUUGUUCUCCUUGCAUCUUGGAGGAAAAGUGAUGAAAACGGGAGCAGGGCAGGAUUGUGAAAACAGAAGAGGAAAAAGGAAGAAAACUCAGAAAUGAAGACUCACCGUGGAUUACGGUUCUAAGGUUCUAGGGUUCUCGGUUAAGAUGAAGCAGCUCCUAUGAUUUGUUUUGUUAUUUUCUGUUUGUUUCAUUAAUUAGCACCUUAGUAAGGGGAGGAAGGUAAAGGAGAACCCAUACACCGAUCGAGCCGAAGAUCGAGCACGACUUUCUCGUUCCUCGGUCGCUCGUUGUCGAUUCAGUUAUUUAUUUUAUUACUUUACCUAUUUGUUAGAAUGUAAAUGCCUCAGUAAGACAACGAAUGAAGGGCCUCAGAGCUCAAGAGGGAGAAUGGUGAAAGCUGGAAAGAACCAGAAAGGGAGGUGGAUGUAAAUGUUUCGUUUCUCGAUGCAUGUUAUUUGAAUUGAUGAAAACAAGUUAAAAGAACAAAAAAGUAUGAAAAAAUACUUAAAAAGUACAAUAUACAUUCUCUCAAAACACAUCACAUA